AUGACUGCAGUUGAAAGUGAACACCUCAUCCUGAAACCUUUCGACAAACUACCUUUGCUUCACACCGCUACGAUUUUGCUAAUUGGUAGUGAGGGUGUUGGCAAGCAUGACCUGGCAAAGAGUAUUGUAGGAAUAGAUACUGAUGUUUCCUACCAAGUUCGUACAGCUGUAAGCCUUCCUCUUGCCUCCAAUACAGAGACAUCUCGGCCACGUAUUGAUUUUGCCUGUUUCCUGAUUGAUGUAACCAAUAAAGAAAGUUUCAACAAUAUCGAAGAGUCAUUAAAAUACAUUGAUGGACGAUAUUUUCUGGGAAGAGCUUGCUUUGUAGCCCUGAAAGUGAAAAACCACGCUUCCCGAUGUGUUCACCUUGAGGUGCUGACCAGUCUGGCAGAUUAUUGUGGGGCCCCCAUUUUGUAUGGCGGUUUGGAGACAGAUGCUGAGAGAAUGACAUUAGCCCGUCAGAUUCUCACAAUGACGGAGAUCGCUGCAGGAUUCAAGAAGAAUAUCUCACCAGGGGUGAUAGAAGCUACAAAGGUUGCCUACAACCUGUUGUGAUAACUGUAGGAUCCUGUGGAUUACAAGACUCUUAACUCUUUCUGACUAUGACGUGUUUACGCGUUAAUGUCAAGUUUUAAAAGCAGAAAGUUUUUUCUGCUUCUACCAAGUCUAUACAGCAGAAGUGAAAAAAGCACAAUAACAUAGUUGAAACAUUGAUUAUAAGUGAUGCAAAGCUGAAGUACAUUCAACUGACUUGCUGGAUUCUGUAUAAACUUGUCAAAACGUGUGGAAGGCUACAGAUAAUUUCGAUUAUGGAGAAUAUUGGUAUUUUAUCAAUGAUCAUAAUUGGGAUGGAAAACAUGUGCACACUCAAGUCUGGAAAACAUGUGUACACUCAAGUCUGGAAAACAUGUGCACACUCAAGUCUGGAAAACAUGUGCACACUCAAGUCUGGAAAACGUGCACACUCAAGUCUGGAAAACAUGUGUACACUCAAGUCUGGAAAACAUGUGCACACUCAAGUCUGGAAAACAUGUGCACACUCAAGUCUGGAAAACAUGUGCACACUCAAGUCUGAAGUGAAGUGUUUUUCAAUUUAUAAGAAUUGUGUAAUGCAACAGAUACUGGAAUAAUUUAUUGUAUUAAAUUUUU